AUGGUGGGAUAUUGGGCUGCCAUGCAGAAGCCACCACACUUGACUUGUGUCAUGUCAUACGAGUCAGCUUGCUCCAUGUACCAAGCUGUUCGACGUGGCGGCGUCUACAGCAACAACUUCCAAUUUCAGUGGUACAACAACAUCGUCGUCCCAUCUCAGGGUGGCAACAAAGAUGGAUUGCUCAAAGAUGAGGAACUUGUUGCCAACAGAGUCGAUUAUCCUCAUCUUUGCGCUACAACCGAAUAUCCAACUGAGGGUGUCUGGGCUGUGUUUGAUAGAGCCUGA